GAUUAUCAUUUCGUUUUCCUCGAUUUCGCUAAUGGACAUCGACAUCCUUGAGACGCCUCUGCACUCCGCUCCACUAUGGACUGAAGACGAAGUGGCCUUCGUGUCCGCUUUGCUAUCGGACGCACCGGACGUCCUUAGCGACGAGCAGAGCUCCCCGAAUGCGUCUUCAACAGAGAACGACAAAGUGGAAAACGACGCGGAAAACGACGCGGAAAACGCCGCAACUAAUGAAAAAACUGCGAAAAAAUCACGCAAAAGUGUCAAAAAGAAGCUUUCGCCAGAGGAACGUGCUGCUGCACGCCGUGCUAGCCAUCGGGAGACCAUGAGGCGGUCUAGACAGAGGUUCAGGGACCAAAUUGCAGCAAUGGUGCGCACAGUUCAAGAGCUGGAAACUGUGAAGGCUCAAGCGCUGGAACAGCAGCAGCUCUCAGAGACUGGACUGCAGGGCCAUGUCGCACUUUUGGAGAAGCAAAAGCAGCAGCUUCUAGACGAGAAUGACGCUCUACACGCUCAACUUGUGGACUCGCUAUUGGCCAUCACUAGGGCACAUCCAGGCAACUUUGAGCAUGACAAAGUGCAACGGCGAGUAGCUGGACAAGUUGAUAGUGACAAGGAUGCAGGAGAAAACUUCUACGUCAUGAAUACUGGCAGUGGAGCCGUGGUGAAGAGAGACCCCGUGACUUUGUGUGACUUUGUCACGUGGGACAUCGGCACUAUCGGCCACUGUUUGCAACUUGUGCAAGAUGCAACAAGUGAAAUUGCGAGAUUUUACACCGCAAUUGCAAAUGUGAAGCCCGACCAACCGAGCGGAGAUAUGAUGGGCUGGAGACAGCAACGGAGGGCGCUGGUAAAAGACAACACGUGUGUGGAGUUCGCAUUCGACAAAACGUUCGCUGGUCACUCGCCCGGCCAAUUGUUUCACAAAACGUGGGCUUUCUUCCGUAACCAGCGGCAGUUUGCCAUGUUGCUGGAGCCUGUGCUCCACGCAUUGCAGUUAGAAGUGCUACACGAAAUAAACGACGAUAUUGUCGUGGUGCGUCGAAUGCAACAGGAGCUUAGUCCCGAGGGUGAAAAGCAGACGCCGACCAAGUAUCGCACCAUUUAUCUACUGUACCGCAUGGCGUCGCCUGCGGGGCUGUUCGUGGCGCUGCAGUCGGUGAAUCCAUCGUUUACACGGCGCUGUGGUUGUGCCAAUAACCUCUGGUUCGAGUCGUUCAUGUGGAUGGGAUUCUCAGCCGCUGCAACUGGUGAAAGUGGCUGUCGCGUGCGCUUUGGUGGCACAAUUGAUGGCCACUCGGAGGAGUUUGCACGUCGCUGGCAGCGAGAGAUUUUCUUCAUGGUGAUGCGCUGGGAAUCCCACAAUGUCGCCCCGGUGGUGCUCUUGCCCCAAUCUGACGCAACUAGGUGAAUCGACUUGCGAAGAACUCGAUGACGGUCGCUAUAACGCCGGUCUUGAAUAAAACACACUGUGCAUUUGCUUGUUGCUUA